AUGGUGUGGAGACCAAACUUUUCCAAUGACAAUAAUAUAGAGUCAGCUUCAUCAAGAUCAACUGAUCAAGAGAAGAUAGAGGUUCAUUCCUCAAAGCAAUUUGAUAACCAAGCGGAAUUAGAAAAAGGUGGUAUAACUCAAGAAAUAGCAUUAGAAAAUGAAACAGAUGAAUCUUCUGUGUUUGGUCAUGAUCGUAAUAGAUUAAAGGCAACUUUGGAACAACGUCACAUUCAAAUGUUAGCUUUGAUUGGUGUCUUUGGGACUGGUAUCUUCUUGUCUAGUGGAUCCAUUCUAGCCACAACGGGUCCUGCUGGUAUGUUUAUUGCUUUUGGUAUUGUUGCGACGAUUGUUGGUUUAAAUCAAAUGGCUUUGGCAGAAGUUGCUUCACUAAUGCCAGUUUCGUCGGCAACUGUCCGUCAUUUAGAGCAAUUUGUGGAUCCUGCUUGGGGGUUUGCAUAUGGAUGGAUUAGUGUUUGGGGUUCUAUCAUGCCUGGUGAAAUUUCUGCUGCUGCUGUGAUUGUAUCAUAUUGGACUGAUAUUUCCCAAGCUGCUUGGAUAAGUAUUAUUAUCUUUGUGAUUAUUGCAACAAAUUCUUAUACUGUUAGAUUCUAUGGUGAAGUUGAGUUUGUGUUUGCAAUGAUUAAAAUCCUAUUAUUAGCUGGGUUGAUCAUUGUUUCCAUUGUUAUCACUUCAGGUGGUGGUCCAGAUCAUAAAUCUAUUGGAUUUCAAUACUGGAGAAAUCCAGGUCCAUUUAAAGAAUAUGUUACCACUGGAAGUUUAGGUAAAUUUGUUGGAUUUUGGAAGACGUUAUCAGGUGUUGUCUACUCUUUUGGUGGUGUUCAAUCAGUUCCAUCUUUAGCAGCUGAAGUUAAAAAUCCUAGAAGAACAGUCUUUACUGCUUGUAAAAGAAUUUUUUACAGAGUUUCUAUAUUGAUGAUGAUUACUGUUCUUUGUUUAACUUUGAUUGUUUCUUCUGAUGAUCCAAAUAUUGCAAAUUCCACUGGUAAUGCCAAAUCAUCACCAUUUGUUGUUGCCAUUAAAAAUGCUAACAUCAAAGUUCUUCCACAUAUCAUCAAUGCUGCGGUCUUGACUUCUGCUUUCAGUGCUGCCAAUUUGAGUCUUGUUUCAGGUUCAAGAACUCUGUUUGCAUUGGCCGUUAAACAUCAAGCACCAAGAGUCUUUUUGAAAACUAACAAAAGAGGUCUUCCAUGGGUUGGCUUAACUUUUGUUGCUAUAUUUAUGCCUUUGGCUUAUAUGAAUGUUUCUAAUGAUGCUGCAAAUGUUUUCAAUUGGUUUCAAUCUUUAACUUCUGCUAAUUUAUUGCUUGGUUGGAUUUUGAUCUCCGUUAAUCACAUUCAUUUAACGAGGGCUAUGAAAGCACAAGGCAUUCCUAGAGAAAGAUUACCUCACAAGUUUAAAUUUGGUGUUCAGGCUGCAUGGGCAUCAGGUAUUGCUUCAUUAAUUUUGUUGUUGACUGGUGGUUUCAAAAAUUUCAUUCAUGGUGAAUUUUUGAUAAGCAGUUUCUUUAGUUCAUAUUUCAUUAUUCCAUUAUCGUGGGGCUUGUUUUUCUUUUGGAAAUUUUUCAAAAAAACUAGAUAUUUGAGACCAACUGAAGUGGAUCUAGUUUCAUUAUUCAAAGAUGCAGAAGAACAUCCAGAAGAACCUGCUCCAAAAAUCAGAGGCUGGAGACUUCUCACUUUACUUUGGUCUUAA